AUGAUUAUGGGAGGUUGUGGGUGCAUUUUCCCACAAUUUGACCCCAUUACACACGGACACGGAGUUCGGUGUGAUGACGAGACGAUGAGACGAGAUCGAAACGUCAAGUCAGUCUGGAGCAGGACUCCGUGCGGAAGUGAAAUUGAAUGGCGUUGCGGUACACUUGAGCGAUCCAGACCUUGUAAAGAGCGCCGAAAGCCCCAGCUUAAAGGGGAGACCUCUAAAAUGCAUAUGACCCUUGCGCCAUUCGCUCUUGAAGCAAUCUCGAUUUUGAAAGAAGUGUUGCAAUUCAGACAAAUCCUGCAAGAGCGUAAACAUUUUUCAACUGAACUGACACUAACUAGGGAACAUACAGAAAGAAGGUGA